GUCGACGGCGACUCUGAUCCUUUCAAAAGAAAUACAAACGGCAAAUGCUGCUCCGAUGCUGAAACGGUUUUUCCAACAGCUUCCCCCCAGCUCCGCUGGUUUGUGGGGCCGAUGGACGAAAUUUAACGUUUUGGACCUCUUCUGACGCCGUUCCAAAUCUGAAACGUUCAAGCUGCAACGUUACUGGAUCCUUUCAGGAUCACUUCUACUGCCCCUUUGAGUACCAGGAGUAUGAAGGAGUUGAUCCUCGAAGUUUUAUUGGAGUGACUUGUAAGAGAAAGGCUCGUCUCUGGUUCAAAUAUUAGCAACUUCCUCUCGCAUCAUAGGCUAAGAGCUCGUCAAGAGCAUGUAUGUCCAUCAAGUCUGAAUCAGAACAACUUGACGACUCUCAACUACCAUGGUCACCAAUCUAUACCUAGCUCAAGUCAUUAGUGCGCUGGCCGUAUCAGGGCUAUCUAGCAGUAUUUCAGUCCAAGCUGCAACUGUGCUCAAGCGAGAGGAUCCCUCGGCCAACACAAAGAUGGAAUCCUAUUACUACAAGGGUCUCCCCGAGGCAGACAUGCCUGAGGAUGAGGCAAAGGCAAGCCUUUACCGUGAACAGGCUCUCUCCAUUGCCACAUUCUCAGAUGCAGACACAAAGCCAUGGGCUUGGUACUUUGACAAGACUGAGGUCGCCACCAAGAUAAAAAAUGGGGAUCCUGGGUAUGGGUGUCAAGUAGCCUUAUACUUUGAUGCCAUUGAAGCACGCUAUGAGAAUUACAUGAAGGUCACCAAUGGUAUCUCUUGGGCUAGACCCUCAGUUAUGGCACCUUGGUGCAACUCUACCUUGGAUUUCAUCGAGGACAACGCGUACCCGGAUGCCUUACUUGGGUUCCAGGUCACCAGACCAAGCAUCGAUACUACCAUCUAUCCUUCCAUGAUCAUGCUGUUGAGCACACUUGAUGCCGGUCGGGGGAAUCUAACAGCUACAGCAGAAGCCUUUGAUGUGCAUUUCACAACCAUUAAUCAGAUCCCGUUGGCUGAACGAGACAAGUUCAUAGCUGAGCUGACAAGCAUAGUGCAGAAGGAGCACAACAACUACGUUCCCAAUCCAUACAAAUAUGGCAAAAAUUCUGUCGUAUGGACAAGGAUGAGACAGGAUAUCCUUAAUCAUAACAAGAUGAUUCCCAAUAUCAAGAACGGUACGGCUCCCGUCAGCGACUCGAGCACAACUGUGACCGCCUCAUCGAUGUCGGACACUGGAUUAAUCGCAUCGAGUGGAACUACAUUGACACGCGAUGGGACCCGACCUGUGACCAUCACCGGUGCUGCUGCCACUGCCACCUCUGAUGUCGGGCAUACGAUCAUUCAUACCGAAGUCGCACACACCACAGACGCCACUGCCCAGACUGCUGAGGCUUCCGGAUGAGCCUAAAGGGCAGAUCACAGCUCCGAUCGAGCAAACGCCACGGGAAGCAUAUCCCCUACCAUUCCGACCGCUAUUCAGACCCUUCUUA